GAUCAGAACACAAACACAGCUCGUAUUUUUCGAAUUUAAUACAGUGCCUGAUUUUAUUGUCCCGUCACCAAACUAGUUACCCAACUAAUUUUCUUCGUACGUAUUUAUUCUCGUAUUCUGUAAAAACCAUCUCGUUGUGUUUGAUAGAAUACAAAAGUACUUUCAGGCCUCCAGCUGAGAGUUGGGGCAUAUUCGAUUGAUUUUGUGAAACAAAGGGGUCAUAAAGUGUUUGAUAGUGGGAAAGAUUAAAACUUUGGAGGAAAAAAAAAUGGCGCAAGCAGUUGAAGAAUGGUAUAAACAGAUGCCAAUCAUCACCCGAUCAUACCUCACCGCUGCAAUUGUUACCACCAUCGGUUGUUCCCUUGAUAUAAUUUCACCUUAUAACUUGUACUUGAAUCCCAAGCUGGUGGUUAAGCAUUAUCAAUUCUGGCGCCUGAUUACCAAUUUCCUCUACUUCCGCAAGAUGGAUUUGGACUUCCUGUUUCACAUGUUUUUCCUUGCUCGCUACUGCAAGCUUCUUGAAGAAAACUCAUUUAGGGGAAGAACUGCCGAUUUCUUUUACAUGCUGUUGUUUGGUGCCACUGUUUUGACUGGAAUUGUACUUUUUGGUGGGAUGAUACCUUUUGUUUCAGAAUCAUUCGCGAAGAUAAUUUUCCUAAGCAAUUCACUGACGUUUAUGAUGGUUUAUGUUUGGAGCAAACAAAACCCAUUCAUCCACAUGAGCUUUUUGGGUCUUUUUACUUUCACAGCAGCUUACCUUCCCUGGGUUCUUUUGGGCUUUUCAGUCCUUGUUGGCGCUAGUCCCUGGGUGGAUCUUUUGGGUAUGAUAGCGGGUCAUGCCUACUACUUUCUUGAAGAUGUGUACCCGCGAAUGACUGGCCGGCGGCCUCUGAGGACUCCGGGUUUAAUAAAGUCUUUGUUUGCUGAUGAGCCAGUAGUGAUGGCAAGACCUGCGAAUGUCAGAUUUGCUGCGCCACCUGUAGAUGAGAUUCCUCAGAACUGACGAUGUUAAAGCAAGUUUGGUUAAGCCAAUGUGUGUGUUCUUGUUGAUCAUCUCUUAGGAUACUUUGUCGAAAGCCCCAUUGAAAAAGUGUUCAAUCUGGUUUUCAGUGACAACUUUUACUUUUUCCUUUUGGCUUUUUUCAGUCUUCAAUCCCUCUGAAUUGUUGCAUGCUUGGGUGUUAGCUGCAAAAGUUAAGAUGAGGUUUGAAGGCUAAUUUUGUAAUUUAGAACAUGACAGGUUUAUCUUAUACACUGGUACAGGGCACCUGAUGUGUCUAUUUCAACCGAAUAGGCUUUGGUAUAGAUUGUUGUAGUCAUUGUUGAAGAACCAAAUAUCUUAGUGGCAUCUGUUUUUAUCGCCUUGAUGUUUUGGUUUAUAAGUUUGAACUUAACUGAUGCGAUUUAGUGGUUAAAGUAUAUUAGUUUUCAUCACAAAUAGGACUGGAC